CCCGGCCCGGGAUAGGCUGGUGAACUCUGGUUACGAGCACUCGCCAGCUCCUCGUUCGUGCCCAUUCUCGGCAAGAAAAAGGUCAAACGAAUUCCACUGCCCGCGGUCCAGCGAUGUGCACCAGAAUUCGCAAGGGCAUCAUCAAUCCCAACUACCCGGGCUUCCAGUCGUUGGCGUACACGCUGAACGAAGAGCUCAACUUCUACUACAGCUCGGAAAACCCGUCGGACGACGAAGAGGAUUCCUGCGUGUCGGAGUCGGACGAUAACGAGCUACAGCGACAGCCGCGGCAGCAAGACCUCACCGAGGACGACGAAAAUGGUAACACGUGCGACGGGAGUGGUCUAGACGCCGUCGAAGGCAUCCCCGUGCCCCCGCCGACAUUGUCCAGCCCUUCCAACCAGCAUCAUACUGAGGCCCUUUACUCCAGCCCUGUUCGACGCCCUGCGAGAUUGCGUCAGCUUUCAACAGGACACGACCCCUGCCCGGCAUCGAUCACCGGCACGACGAUUGUGGCGGAUGAGAAGCUGGAUGACAUAACCGGAACGUACGCCUGCACGCCGCCGGAUAUAGUGCUUCAGCACAGCUACGACCCGCACAGGUCGAUAGCUACAAUCGGUUCGACGAACGCUCUGUCUACGGCCUCGCUGGAGCAAUCGAACGCACGGCGUCCCGAUUUGAUCCCCGAACAGCAGCAACAGCUGCUAGAGUUGGAGAAUAAAAAAAAUGAGCAGAUGAAGCACGAUCAGGAUCGAUCGUCGACGGUGGACGAUCCGGAAGAUCACACUGGGGACGAAGAUGGAGUCACGGGAAAAACCGGCACCGGCACCGGCACUGAACCAGAGCACGAAGCUGAUAUCGAAGGUAACCGAACACCACCAUCCCCGGCGGUCGAACUCGCACCGACUGGCACGAGCUCGAACAGCGAAAGCUGCAACAGCCACUUCCUGCGCGAUGUGACCCUUUCGCCAGACGACAUUAUGCUGGAAGACGACUCUCGGUGCUAUGACUCCGCUAGCGAUGGCACACUUUCGGACGGGUACGAUCAGGACACGGACGAUGAUGAUGACGAGGGUGAGUUUGAGUAUCAACCGUACGGAUCCCGUGAUGCCCCUGAAAGUCGCUGUCCAUCGCCACCGGGGAACGAAGCGUUGACACCUGACAGCCCCGGAAGCGAGGGUUCGAGCCCGGGAGAAGUACAGUACCAUCUGGUGGACGAUUGCUCACAUCAAACUGUCCAGAUUACGCGAUCACGGCGCGAGCAUUCGCCUGCAAAGCGGUACCCAAACAUGGCGCAACACUACGCGGUGUCUACCAGUGCCCCGGUCCCGGUUCCCGGACAGAGUUGCCACAGCAUGGCAAGGGACUGCGAGCCGUUCGGUAACAAUAAUGUGGAUGACUUUGCUCAAACAGCAGCCUCGCAGACAUGUUUUAAGGCGACACACAGCUGGCAAUCUGUUGGAGCAAACUAUCGAUCGACGAUAGAAACUGCUACGGAGAAGCCGUGCGAUGGCAACGCGUCGGUACGGACAGGCAAACAGGAGACUGUAAGUGGUAGAAACGACGAUCAACCCAACGCAGAGACACAAAUGUAUCCUAUAAGGCAAUAUCAGAAAGUUCCAAAAGUGAAUCCAUUCUGCAGACCGGAGCCGCAGGAGAUCGUCGCGUGCGACUUUUUCACCAAACAGGCCAAGCUACAGAUCGAGGCGCGAAUGGCUCUGUGCCAAGCGAAGGACAUGGCUCAUAUGCAAAUGGAGAUCGAAAAGCGAAGUUUAGAACUUUCCCCCGUAACGAAGGUGAUCCACGCGGCCGUCGAGAAAGCGGGACUCGCGUUGGCCGCAGACAAACGGCGCCUGUCGCGCUACUAUCUUACGCGAUUGAACGUGGCUCAAUUGCAGACCAUUCUGAUCGAGCUACAGUGUCACGCGGAAGUGCUCAACGAAGAACUGGUGGAGCUGUUGAUGGAGCGCGACGAGCUUCACAUCAGCCAGGACGCAACGUUGAUCGAUAUUGAAGAUCUUUCACGAUAUCUUUGUGCCAAGGAGCAGACGAUCAUUCAUGCCGAACGGCAGCGCAAAAGCUAUCACUGGAAGAAAAGCUGUCAACAACCGACUCCGCACCAGGCACGGCCAGUUCGAAGUGGAGAGGCUAUGCACACCGUUUCAGCAUAUCGUUAUCACUGAACGACUCAGACAAGACAGUAAACAGACGCUGAGACAGGCUGAAAGUGGAAGGCUAAGUAUAGAGCGCGCGCUGAAAUUAUGAAUGCAUUAACCAAACAGUAACCGAAAACCACAAAUCACAAAACAAAUGGACCCAAUAACUGUAACGGCAGAUACACCUACUACACUUAACACACAGAGUGAGGGCUUGCGGUGCACAAAGUUACGAUUCCCCUGCAACACCGUGUAGCAUAGGUAUGUAAAGGAAAGCUCCACUUCCUCCCGACGUGGUACAUCGGGCUAGCGCACACCAUUACCCACCGUGAAACGAUCAUGGCGCCUGUGGACAGAUUAUCCUCAUCCGCAAUCAUAUUUCUCUCUUUCUCCCUCUCUCUCUCUCUCUCUUUCUCAACUAUCAAACAAUCAAUCAACGCUCUCUCUGGUGAUAAACGAUAAUACUGCAAAUUGUUAUCUCUAUUUUUCGAAACCCGCUAUAACUCCUGAAAACGAUUGGAGAACAACACAAAAAUUGAACAAAAAAAAAACGAUCAUUCCAAA